UGGUACGUAACUGAUGAUGAAUCCUUUUCUUCUUUUAUUAUAAAGAAAUCCUUAUCUUUUAAAAGCUAUCAAAAUUUGUUUCACCUUCUCACCUUCUUCUGAUUAGUGAAAAAUCUUCGUUUCACCCACCCAGCCACCAAAAAUCUCAGAACCAACCCAAAAACCUAAAAACCAUCCCAAAUCUUUAUAUUCGUACCUCACCCCUUGCAAUUCCCACCAUCCAGAUCUGGUAGAGAGAUAGAUCUGCAGCCAUCGCACCGCCCACGAAGGAGUGACGGUUGUGACGGCAAUGGAAAUCGUGCGACGGCCACCCUCUGAAUUUCGCUCCUCUGAUUUUUGCACACUUUCCUCUAAAAAUACCCAAUCCCCUGCACCGCUAAGUAAUUAAACAACACUCUGUUAUUUUCUCUUCUCUUGCAACCAACAUCAACAACAAUGGAUUCUGAAUGGUGUGUCCUUUCAGUUCACCCCCCUCUGAUUUUUACUCCUUCAUCUUCUCUUUAGUUCUGGAUGGGGUUUUUGGACUCAGAAUUUGGGUGGGGUGGAUUUCUGGGUGGGGUUAGGGGUGAGGGUGGGGUUGGUUGCGAUGGAUUUUCAAUAGGUGAGGGUGAGUUUCUGGGUUGGGGAUUUUGGUGGUUGGGGGUGAUGGUGGGGGUGGGUUCGAUGGAGUUUUGGAGAUGAGGUUCUAGGAAGGGAGUUCUGGGCAUGGGUUGCGUGGGGUGGUUUUAUGGGUUUUUGAGGUAGAGGUUGGGGUUGGAUGAAUGAUUUUUUUUUUGAACCUUUGGAUAAAUGAUGGGAGUUGGGUUUGGGGCCCCUAUGGGGCUCCCCGCCCCACUUAAAGUGGGGAAAUUACUGGAACGCCCCCCUUUAAUAGAAUACGGAAGCAACAUUUCCGUAUUCAAUACGGAAGUCUUAUAUCCGUAUUAUAUUAGUAUGUAAACCGGCAAGGGUUUAUUCAAACCCAUUUUAAACUUCAUUCCGUAUUUUGCCAAGCUCUUCUCCCCUCUUCAACCUUCGAUCUCUGUCGCUCCCCUUGCUUGAACCGUGUACUUGAAAGGUUCCAUCAUCUCCAUCAAAGCUCUUCACAACCCCAUUCUCAGAAUUGAAACCUAGAGUGAGAAUGAAGAACAGAAAGAGGUCUCAUGCUUCUAGUGAGGAUGUCGGGGCUACUGAGGAUAGACACCGGCGGUUACAUGCUUCUAGCCAGCGCGGCGAUCAUGCUGCAACCUCUCAGGCGGUGGAGGCUUCAGCUCCAGUUGUUUCUCCGCCGUCUCCCAUGAUUGAGGUUCCUCUGGUUGAUUAUCCGCCGUCUCCCACGGUUGAGAUACCUACAGUUGUUUCUCCGCCCUCUCCCAUGGUUGAGUCCUCAGGCGAGGAGUCCUCAGGCGAGGAGUCUUCCGGCGAGGAGUCAUCAGGCGAGGCCUCAUCCGGCAUGGGAGGAUCUGACGAGGAUAGUAUUCCUCCACCUACUGUUGAUGCUGAUGUCCUGCCGCCAGAGCAGGGGGAGCAGGGGGCACAGGGUGGCGAGGAGGACCUGAUCCAGAGGUUGCCGCCGUUUCCGGGGGGGCCUGUUGAGCUAUCGCUCCUCACCCAUUAUGCUGAUCACAAGGCUCCCUGGGCGUGGCAUGCACUCCUACGCACAGACGAGCGGUAUGUGGACCGUCGACAGUUGAAGGUGGCCACAGCUGGGGGGAAGGUUUGGAACCUUGCUUGUGAUGGUGAUUCAGACAGUCACAGGCGGGUUCGAGAGUUGAUUGAGCAGACGGGUCUUCAUCAGCAACAAGCACUCUGUAACGUGAUCAAAACCUAGUAACAGCUUCAUCUACUAUCCAAGGGAUCUCUUGGGAAAUAAUCUGUUGGGGAGAUGUUGUAACACUUGGACUGAUGAGGAUGUUGAUGACGGAAGCCCUUGAAGAUUCAAAGUGUGUAUGCACACUAACUUUUAGGUUCAAUUCGCCCCCACCAAUUAAUGUAUAUUGGAUGCAAUUGAGAAAACCGGCGAAUUCCCUUCAUGAUACUUUGAAUACCUUGAUGUGAUUUGCACUAACACACCAAACCUAUCUUUGAUAAUAGUUUACAGAAAAAUGAUUCUCACACUUCACUCAUGCAUUACUGAAGUGGAUGAUGAUUUAGAAUAAUGUAAAUGAGAGAGAAACUGGUUUUGAUGA